UUUUUCUCAAUUGACUUUCAAGGGUCCUGAUUCAAGCACAUGCAUUUACGACCUGACAAUUUACCUCUACAACAUGGCCAGGUGAUACCUGUCCCAUUAUGAAGAGGACUGCGAUUGAAGAGGCCGAGGACCCCAAUGGGCCCAAAGCUAAGAGAAGUAGGAUUGCCGAUCCCGAUGAAUUCAACUUUGAACUUGACAUUGACGAUGUUGGUUCUGACGACGAAUCGCACUAUGCCGGCACAUCAUCUACUAUUCCCGCAAACGAUACCCCAUUGACUCCUCUUUCCCCUGCGCGCAAGUUUCCUUCAGAUCUCAAGACGAUCAAAUGUACAUUCCCCGAUUGCGAUAAGACGUUCAACCGCCCAGCCCGUCUUGCUGCCCACAUGCGAUCUCACAACAAGGAACGACCGUAUAAGUGUUCAUUUCCCGGUUGCGACAAAGACUAUAUCGAGGAGAAACACUUGAGACAGCACAUCAAGGGUUCCCACACUGGCGAGCGCGAACAUCGUUGCGCCCAACCUGAUUGCGGCAAGAGUUUCAUGACAGCUACUCGUCUGAGACGACACCAAGCUGUUCAUGAGGGCCAAGAGAGAUUUCGAUGCCGAGACUUCCCGCCAUGUAACCAGUCGUUCCGCAAGCAUCAGACUUUACAACGCCACAUCCGCGCCGAGCAUCUUCGUAUUGCUCCUUACCCUUGCGACUAUAAAGAUGGCACAUCAGGAGAUGCCUGUGGCGCAGGGUUCGAUAACGCUGGAGCUCUAAGACGCCACCAAGAACGAGAGCAUGGUGAAAUUCGCUUCUGGUGCGAGGAAUGCAGCACUCGUCAAGAGAACAUGGAUGGCGGCCGGCCCGAGAGAGUAGGAUUCACCACAAUGGCCUUAUUGCAAGCUCACAUGAAACAAGAUCAUGUCAGCUGUAUGUUCUGUGGCGUCCAAUGUAAUGGCAGAUUAGGUCUCGAGCAGCAUGUUGACUCGGAACACUCAAAUCCUAAGAGCGUCGAGGAGCGAAAAAAUGUUGCUUGCACGUGGCCGGGUUGCACCAAGACAUUCACCAAGAAAUCGAACCUCAAUGUUCAUAUACGAAGCUUCCAUGAGGGCCUGCGGUUCGUCUGCGGGGAGGUUGAUCUUAGCGGGACGGAAGAUUUGGGGCGCUGGUUACAAUCCGAUGGUUGCGGGGAGAGCUUUGUUACCAAAGCCAAUCUAGAGAACCACGUUCGCUAUAUACAUCUGAAGUACGAACGGCCAGAGCAACCCCAGGGCGUAUCCAAGCCCAAGCAACGCGACCCGUCUGAUAUCCUCGAAGAGCUCACGGGUAUGGGAGAAAAGUCUAGACGGACACUGCCAUGCACAAUUUCCGGCUGUACCGCCAAAUUCGUACACAAUGGCGAACUUGAGACACACCUACAAAGCGAGCAUAUCAUCGAGCAUGCACUGCAACAACUAGCAGAGCCGGGGACAGACCCGAUGCUGCCAAUGGUAUUCGACGACAUGAUGGUGCAAGGGGCAGGGAACUUGGAAGAGGCGGGUGCUGGGAACGGCGAAUUCUGGAUUGGGGCUGAUGCUGGUCUGGAGGGUUCAAUGGCACCGGGGUUUGACGAGGAAUGGUUCCACGAUGAGGCCGAGAUGAGACGGCUCAUCCAGCCUAGUGAUUUGGAUGGCUUGAUCGACCCGGCGUUGAAUGAUUCGUAGUAAGGAUCACGGGAUACGGAGAAAAGUUAUGAUACCCUUUGCUUUAUGAACGAGGAACGAGCCAGAUUUGGUGCUCUGUUUUAGGUACAAACGAGAUACGAAUAAGACAAAUUAACUAAUGACAUGGCAUUGUCCUGGAGUGAUGGGUAUUAUUCUGCUCGGUUUUAUUGGCGUUUAUAUUUCUUUUUUCUAUUCAUCAUUGAUAUGCUACUAGGUAAAUCUUUACCGACGGUCUAGAAUCCGCCCAAGAAAAUACACUAGAGAGACUCAACGUACCUAGAUGUAGAUUUGGUAUGUAGAUACUUGCUUAGUUACCUAAGUAAUCUAUUCAGUUCUAUCUUAUACGGACCCAUAAAAAAUGAUGUCUUCGAUACCGUUAUCAGCGUAUCAACC